AUGGCAUCCAAGGCCGUCCUCUUCGUGGCUCUCAACCUCCUGUUGUUCACAGUGGCCAACGCCUGCGGCAGCUGCCCGACCCCAACGCCGCCACCGCCGCCGCCUCCUGCUACCCCACCCCCUCCAUCCAGCGGCAAGUGCCCGCUGAACGCGCUCAAGUUCGGCGUGUGCGUCAAUGUGCUCGGCCUCGUCAAAGGCGAGGCUGGUAAGGUGCCUGCUGAGCCAUGCUGCAACCUCAUCAAAGGCCUUGUAGACCUCGAGGCCGCCGUCUGCCUCUGCACGGCCAUCAAGGCCAACGUGCUCGGCGUCGUCAUCGAUGUCCCUAUCAAGCUCAGCGCCCUCGUCAACUACUGUGGCAAGUGCGUGCCCAAGGGCUACAUCUGUGCGUAA